AUGGAACGCCUUGGUUUCGGUCGGCAGGCUGUUUUGGACCUGGUUCGGAACCGUGAUCACGGAAUCAUCUAUGUCGGGAGAACUGCUAUGGCUGGCACGGCCCCUGGUCUCACCGUACUGGAUGACAGCAGAUUAGUGAUGCUUAUCUCGUUGGGCUUCGGUAAGGCCAUGGGCCUGGAUGAAGCUGUGACGUCUAUCUUCCCCAACUCAGACUUCUGGUAA